AAGGUAUUACAAAUAAUCAACCUGAAAAUGUAAUGAUUCCCAAUAAUGUAAUUACAUUAUUGGUAAUAUUAUGUACUACAAUAUUAGGCAAGUUAUUGUAUUGUUUUAUUACAUUAUGUUGAUCAGUGUUAGUCUUUUAUUACAGUCAUCGUGUUGCUCCAUGUGAGUCUUAGGACAGUCAUCGUGUUGGUCAGUGUUGGUUUUAGGACAGUCAUUGUGUUGGUCAGUGUUAGUCUUAGGACAAUCAUCGUGUUGGUCUGUGUUAGUUUUAGGACAGUCAUUGUGUUGGUCAGUGGUAGUCUUAGGACAGUCAUUGUGUUGGUCAGUGGUAGUCUUAGGACAGUCAUUGUGUUGGUCAGUGGUAGUCUUAGGACAGUCAUUGUGUUGGUCAGUGGUAGUGUUAGGACAGUCAUUGUGUUGGUCAGUGGUAGUCUUAGGGCAGUCAUUGUGUUGGUCAGUGGUAGUCUUAGGACAGUCAUUGUGUUGGUCAGUGGUAGUCUUAGGACAGUCAUCAUGUUGGCAGCAUUCCUUCACAUCAGCUCAUCCCUACAUUUCCACUGACCCUCCAGUCUGUUGUACAGUUAACCAACCCGUUUUGGUUGCCUGUCAUAUUUCAAUGCUGUAAGGGAACAUGUAUGCAUACACACACCAGCUGCACGGUGGUUAAAUCUUCACUUUUCCAAGAAUUCCAAAGAAGAAUUCCAUAUCCAACUCACGAGAAGGGUUGGAAAUCUCUCUUUACAUCACAGGCAAAGCUGCCUAGUACUGGAAGAUUUGACCUGAACACGUUUCAGCUCUGCCGUGUAAGUGGAGGACAGCCGUUUGUGCUCCAUGCUCACGUUAGAGAGGAUGGCGAGUCAGAACUCCACAUCCGACAGUCUGGUCAGGGCGGCACGCCAAUAGCGUGCUUGUCGACGUCGUUCGGAAAGCGUGCCAGAGCGCGCGCUCCUGCGAGCGCGUUUAUAAACGCCGCAAGCGUGGAGACGAGUCUUCCUGUAGCACGAACGUGAACGCGGAGUGAAAGGCAGCCCGCGGCGGACUUCAGCGCUCUUCGGUUGCCGUUUUCAUUUGGAGAAGCAAACUAUGAUCUGGGGGAUGCUGUUCGCUCUCUUUUCCGUAGUUACGGUUUUACACGCGGACGCACGCCUCGGCAGACGGUACAUCGUCGGUGGGUGUCCAAGUGUUUGUGACAAAACGAUGUGCCCCACGAUGCCAAAGGGCUGCUCCACGGGGCAGGUUUUGGACCAGUGCGGCUGCUGCCCGGUGUGCGCGUCCGGCGAGGGCGAGUCCUGCGGCGGCGUCGGCAAGCUGGGCGACCCGGUGUGUGGAGAAGGCUUGGAGUGCGCCGUUACCGGCGGCGUGGGACACUCGUCUACCGUCAGGCGCAGAGGGAAGAACGGCGUCUGCGUGUGCAGGAGCGGCGAGCCGGUGUGCGGCAGCGAUGGGGUCUCCUACCAGAGCACCUGCGAGCUGAGGCGCGUGAGCAGCCGCGCGCAGAGGCUGCAGCAGCCGCCCGUGCUGGUCGUCCAGCGGGGCGCGUGCGGGAAGGCCCAGGGCAACCCAAACAGCCUCAGGUACAAGUACAACUUCAUCGCUGACGUAGUGGAGAAGAUCGCCCCCGCUGUGGUUCAUAUUGAGCUCUACCGCAAGAUGGUGUAUUCCAAGCGUGAGAUGGCAGUAGCGAGUGGGUCAGGUUUUGUAGUUUCAGACGACGGGCUCAUCGUGACCAACGCCCAUGUGGUGGCCAAUAAGAACAGAGUAAAGGUGGAGCUGAGAAACGGCAUCUCGUAUGACGCAGAGAUCAAAGAUGUCGAUGAGAAGUCAGACAUCGCACUUCUAAAGAUCGACUCACUGAGCAAACUUCCGGUGCUGUUGCUGGGCCGUUCGGCUGACCUCAGACCAGGUGAGUUUGUGGUUGCCAUUGGAAGCCCAUUUUCCCUCCAAAACACGGUUACCACGGGGAUCGUGAGCACCACCCAGCGAGGUGGAAGGGAGCUGGGUUUGCGUAAUUCUGACAUGGACUACGUCCAGACCGACGCCAUCAUCAAUUAUGGAAAUUCAGGAGGGCCUCUGGUUAAUUUGGAUGGCGAGGUGAUUGGGAUCAACACUCUCAAGGUGACAGCAGGGAUCUCCUUUGCCAUUCCGUCAGACAAGAUCCGACAGUUCCUCACAGAGUCCUACGACAGACAGAGAGGUAGAGGAGCAAGUAAGAAAAAGUACAUUGGUAUUCGAAUGAUGACAUUGAGCCCUGAACUGGCUAAAGAGCUGAAGAGGAAGCAGACAGACUUCCCUGAUGUGACCUCUGGGGUCUAUGUCAUUGAGGUCAUCUCCAGAACCCCAGCUGCCGUCGGCGGGCUAAAAGAACACGAUGUCAUCAUCUCCAUCAACGGCCAGCCGAUCUCCGCGGCGACGGACGUCAGUGCCGCCAUCAAAAGACAUGCAGUGCUGCGCGUGGUGGUCCGCCGCGGCAACGAGGACGUCGUUAUCACUGUCACCCCCGUGGAAAUUGACCCUUGACCUCGACAGGGGCACAUCCUCCACACCAGUGAAUGUACAGGGCACGUCUGUCACCGGAGUGACCGGAGUCUGGUGCCCGGCCGUCUCAUGGAAGUACCUCCUUCCUCUACGACAGCACAUUGAUCUACACACACGCUCACGUGUAAUAAGUCAUUUGUUAAGUGUAUUGGGAUUGGGAAAACGAUGCUGUUUAUGGUUUCAACCAGCGUUUGGGAAAGGUUCUCAGAGGGUUUUUUUGUUGUUGACUUCGGUACUGGUGGUCAAGCUUCUCACCUCAGCUCUGCCAUGCUGAAAAGCAUGGGUCAGUUUCGGGAAGUCAGAGUAUCUUAUGAUGGCUAUUAUACCAUUUUUGUAAAAUAAAAUGUAAUUGUUUUGUCUUUUGUAAAAGAAUAAAACUGACUUGAAAUUUUC